CCUUCCUUCGCAUCACGAGCGGUUUUGCGUUCCCUCGUAUACUCUACUGCUGAUCACACUUCGCUCCUCGCUUAAUUCCUCAUUUCCCCGUUAUUACACGAGAAAUGAUCCACCAAAAAAGUUUAGCCGACUGAUCCUUCGAACUUCGAAACCUUUAAAACUUGACACCUACUAAUUCAUUUCAUUUAACUUGUAAUUUUUUUUUUUGUUUCAAAUUUACCCGAGCAACUCUCUCUCUCCCUCUCUCUUGGAAGCUACUGUCUAACCAUUUUUUUUUUUUACUCCUUUUGCUUUUGUGCGGCGCCACCAACCCUAAACUUUGACACCUCCAACGAGCAAAGAAAGGGGAAAGAGAUAUGAGCGGAAAGAAGGGAUGGCGGCGGUGGUGCGAGCGGCGGUGAUGAGGCGGUGCGAGUGGUGGCGUGAGCAGCGGCGAAGCGAGAUAGAGGAAAGGGAAAAUAAAGGGGGCUACACGGAUGUUUUCCGGCGACCUGGACUACGAUUGCGAGGGUUCGUGGCGGCGCUGGCAGCGGUGCUUUGGCUAACGGAUCCAGAGCGGCGGCGACAGAUGCAGGCGGAGGAACAUUGGGUUUCUUAAAUGUUGAUUCUGAAGUUUAUUUAUGAAUGCAACAUUAUCAACAAAAAUUCAUUAGGAACAACAACACAUUAUAACAACAUAACUUUUGAUCGAUGUCGUAGGAUGCAAAAAUGAUCCAUUAGGCUUUGAUUGAUUUGGUUUCUUCAGCCGAUGUCGAAGGGGUGCGCGUGCGUGUGAGAAACGAAGGGGGAGAGGAGUGUGUGGUAGACUAGUGAAAAAGGGGUAAAAUUGGAUAGAAAAGCUAAGUGAGAAGGGCAAAUUUGGAAGGAAAAGCCUUUUAUAAAGUGGUUGCCAACUGUUGCGUUUUUAAUUAGAUCGCCUGAUAGCGUCGUGGUCUUUAGCAUUUCUCACCGACUGCGAAGGGAGAGCGAAUAAAAAAAGGCAAAUCAAAUUCGAGAGAAGGAGAGAAUUUAGAGAGGGAAAGGAUGAAGAUCACGGCGUUGUUGGUGCUUAAAUGCACGGGCGAGGGAUCCGAUCCGGUGAUUCUGGCAAACGCUUCCGAUGUCAGCCACUUCGGCUACUUCCAGCGUUCCAGCGUUAAGGAAUUCAUCGUUUUCGUUGGUCGUACAGUCGCCAGUCGCACUCCUCAGGGCCAACGCCAAUCCGUACAACACGAAGAGUACAAGGUGCACACAUACAACAGGAAUGGUCUUUGCGCGUUGGGAUUUAUGGAUGAUCAUUACCCGAUUCGGAGUGCGUUUUCUCUUCUCAAUCAGGUAAUAGAUGAAUAUCAAAAAAACUUUGGCGAGUCAUGGAGAAAUGCUCAGGAAGACAGUACUCAACCAUGGCCCUAUUUGAAUGAAGCUCUGGCAAAAUUCCAGGAUCCUGCAGAGGCAGACAAGUUGAUGAAAAUCCAGAGAGAGUUGGAUGAAACCAAAAUCAUCCUUCAUAAAACUAUUGAUAGUGUGCUAGCUAGAGGGGAGAAGCUGGAUAGUUUAGUUGAGAAGAGUUCUGAUCUGAGUGCCGCUUCGCAGAUGUUCUACAAACAGGCCAAGAAAACCAAUCAGUGUUGUACCAUAUUGUAAUCAAGCUUCCAAGUCUUUCAUUAUGCAGCGUGCUCACUUGAAUCCUGUUCCGACAUGGAGACUGUUGGAUAGGAUAAAAUAGCUUCAUAUGUCUAUAUCACUCCAUUGUUUGCUUGGUUAAAAUUAUGUGAUUUACCACGAUACAUGUACUGUCUUACCGUGUUGACAAAUUCAAAUUCCCAUUUACCUUGUUGUGAUGUUGACUGAUAAUUUAUAGUAUGCAUAAAUUAUUGUUUUGGUGGAGUCAUUCCAUGUUAAUUUGUUGUUGAAUAUUGACAGAUUGUCAUGUACCCUCACGGUCCCUGCAUUUGUUAUUUAUUUUCUUGACCUUGGAGUGGUUCUUGCGUA